AUGUCAAGAAGCUGGCCCCAUGCCCCGACUUAUGUAGGCACACAGAGCUUCCAUCGCAAUUUGGCCCUACAGAGCCUUGAGCAGCAUGCAUCCGCAAGAGCACAUCCCCGCUCCGAUGUGCUGAUGGAGGCAGUGAAGGACAUCGUCGUAGAGUUGAAUCUCGACCGGGACACAGACCAAGAGGACUCUGCCGGCGAUCUCAGUCCCUUCGCAAGGGAGUAUCUCACCAACAGACAUGGCACUUUUGACCUUGACACGAUGCCCUCGGCUUGCGAUGCGGAUCCGUACAACUGGACGCCGGGAAAGAAGGCCAGCGUGCUGUGGCUGCAUGCAUUCUACUGCAUGGUAGCAACCCUCAGUAUGACUGCUCUCAUUCCGGCCUACAACCAAUUGGCUGAGGAAUUCGACAUGACGGAACACGACUGUACUUAUCUCACCUUGAUCCAAGUCAUCGUUCUAGGGGUCGCGCCUCUGGCUUGGGGACCGCUUGCGACGGUCUAUGGGCGACGGCCAGUAUUUCUAGCGUCGCUGAUCAUGUCAGUGAUUGGAAAUGUCGCCUGUGGGGUGAGUCCAAACUAUGGAGCCAUAAUGUUCUUUUGGGCAUUUGUCGCCUUCUUGCUCUCUCCCGCCAAUGCCCUCAGCAGUGCUAUCGUAACAGACAUGUUCCUCAAAACAGAACGAGCCAGGGGUGUUAGCAUUUGUAUGCUCAUGUUCUCCCUGGGGGUUCCCUUCGGACCUCUCAUCUUCGGAUUCGUGGCCCCCAGAGCCGGCUUCCGAUGGAUUUUCUGGGUUUUGGCUAUCGUCAAUGUUGUGCAGUCUGUUGUGCACUUUUUCCUCGGCCACGAGACAUUACUCACUCACAAUCUCAACACACAGGACAGCGAUGUCGACGAGAUACCGCAGGACCUCAAGACAAAAUUUCUGAAAUUCGAGCGCUCCGUGGUAUUCCUGUUCGGUAGCAUCUUUGUCGUUGUCGAGAUACCUCUGCAGCUCGAGAGCAAAUUCCGACUCAGCUCUGACCAAGUCAGCCUGCAAUAUCUCGGCAUGAUCAUUGGUUUUAUACUAGCUGAGCCAGUGGGAGGUCUGCUGAGUGAUGUUGGCUUGAAUCUGCGCAGGAUGACGAGAGAGAAAGACGCGUCUCCGCCGGAGUUCAGGUUGUGGCUGUGCUACGCAGGGUAUUGCCUGAUCCUCACUGGAAUCCCACUGUUACUCGUCUCCACGAAUAGUGCUAUCACCGGAAGAUGGACGGUUGUGCCGGUUGUUGGAACCGCCAUUGCCGCUGGUGGACAUCAGAUCGCCAUGACAACGUUCGCCACCUACGCAGUUGACUGUGCAGUCGACGACGCGCAUUAA